AUUGAUGCAAAAAUCCGGUACUGUGACCAGUGAGUAGGAUCUAUCAUCGUCCACUCAAGAUUGUCAGAGUCUCCGUUUCACGCAGCAGAGCUACGUCAGGCGUCCAAUCCCACAAUAAAUGCCAAUGCCCAAGCAUUCACAAUCUCGUCAUUGCAUUGUUGAGCUUGUCAGGAUUCAGGAAAGGUUGUUGUCAAUGAGGUAGAUUUUGAACCUACAGGUAAAAGUGGGUAAAAGUGGUUUCGAAGACGAUUGCUUUCUGUGAUAGAGCUUUUGAAGCCAGAUUCCGAUUCAGCUGUCAGAUUAGCAGAGGCGCUUUGGUGCGGGUGUCAUUCUGAGCUUGUUGUGUUCUUGAUGAUGAGCAAUUGUUGUCUGGAUUCUCAUUGGCAUUGUUGAAGCGAAUUGUGGAAAACAGAGGCAGUUGAUUCAUUUGAAGGUUUGAAGGCAAUUCAAGCGCAGAGUAGGGUUAACAAAAGCCUCAUCGCAUCGCAAUCCAGCUGGGGCUCUGGGAGAAACCGUAGGAGAAACCGCAGGACGACAAUCAGAAGUGAACGACAUGCAGCAGCCCUCGGGGGGCCCAGCACAGGCGCCCUUCCCCGCGAGCUCAAUCACCACUGAACUCAUACAAAAGUAUCUCGACGAGAACAAGCAACUGAUUCUUGCCAUUCUAGACAACCAGAGCCUGGGAAAGCUGACGGAAUGCGCUCACUAUCAGGCACGGCUGCAGCAGAACUUGAUGUUUCUGGCCGCCAUAGCUGAUGCGCAGCCGCAGGCGCCCCAACCGGCACCCCCACAGCCGGCGGCGCCCCCUCCCCAGCCUAGUUUCAACAAUUUCCAAAGUCAGCCCCCCCAGUCGUCUUACCCGGCCCCGGCUCCCUCGUUCAGUCAGCCCCAAACUCAGGCGCCGAGUCAGCCCGCCCUACCUGCGCAGAGUCGGCCCUGUACUUCUGCGGGGGAUCCCCUAAAAGAAAGCGCGCCGCAAGAGGGCAAUAAACCGGAGGAAAGCACUCCGAUGGAAGGCGUAUCUCGGUCUGAGGGGGGCCCCGCCCCGGGUUAGUGUUGAGCAGGAAGGGUAAAGGGAGGGUUCUGCUGAUAUGAUUGCUAGGAAACGUGGCGUAAUGGAUCCCCAAUCGUGCAGGGGUCGCUUCCAAGUAUUGUCAAAGUCCUGUGCAGCAACCAAAGGACAGUCAAAAAGCUCAUACUCCAUGUCGGUUUGAGUUACUUAAGUGCUAGGAAGCCUCGGGAAAAGUAACAUCGUCCAAGGCGCUGGAGUUGUUUAUAGAUAACAUACACUAAGAGUUCAGUUUGGAGAUUCAGAAUCACACAUACGCUGCGGCUGAGCCAACUGUCAGUCAUUGAGUCAAGUCAAUAAAACGAUUCUAACAAUUGUAGAUCAAGGGCAAAUUGGACUUCAACAAGUUUCUAGGUGCUGGAAGCUCUAUGUAAGUUCAGGCCAACCGUAUGAAUGAUCAAGCUGCUCAUGAC